AUGGCUCGACUACCAUCAAAUCUCGUUUCCGUCUUCACCCAAGCUCUCAAGAGCUACCAGAUAUCCAAUGCGACUUUCCGCGUAUUAUGUUCUUUAACUCAUUCCUCCCUAUCCUCUACGCCAGCCGAAGCACCAUCUCUUCACCCACCUCAAACCCCUCCCAAAUCCCUUCUUGUUCUCGACUCCUCUUUCAACCCGCCUACUCUCGCACAUCAACGUAUGGCGCUAUCCGCUCUUUCAGAACACGGACAGCCUAGUAAUGACAGCACUUAUAAAUCGCGAGUCCUCCUCCUCCUCGCCAUCAACAACGCCGACAAGGCGCCCAAGCCCGCCGCCUUCCCGCAACGGCUAGCCAUGAUGUACAUCUUCGCGCAGGACCUACUGCGCUCAGCAGCAGCAGCAGCAGAAAAAAACCAGUGCGACGGUGUGGACAUAGCAGUAACAACGGAGCCGUACUUCCACGCCAAGGCAAGCGCCAUAUCUACAUCAGACUUCUACGCCCGAGAACCCAACGCGACGGAGCAAGUCUUCUUAACGGGCUUCGACACGCUCAUCCGCAUCUUCGACCCCAAGUACUAUCCCGACGGGUCCAUGGCUGGGUCUCUCGACCCGUUCUUCGCGCACUCGAAGCUGCGGGUGACGAUGCGCACGGACGCGGAGUGGGGCGAUGCUGCGGCGCAGAGGGCGUAUGUGCGGGAGUUGCGGGAGGGGGGGCUGGAGCGCGUGGGUGGAAGGACGGGGUGGGCGGAGCGGAUUGAGAUGGUGGAGGGGAGGACGGAGGGCGAGGAGGUUGUUAGUAGUACGAAGGUGCGCGAGGCGGUGCUGAGGAGAGAUUGGGAGGCGUUGGGGAGGCUGGUUAGUGAGGAUGUUGCGGGGUGGAUUCGGGAGGAGGGGUUGUAUGCGGAGGGGAGUGUGUGA